AUGUCUCGUGAGUUAGUUGAUUUAAGUCCAGGGCAGCUGCAUAAGCUAGCCGAGUUGAUCCAUCGACAAGAAGUGCAGAAGCUUCAAGAGCUCCAAUUCAAGUCAUAUGCUGACCAACAAAAGUAUCUCCAUGAUGCCAAAGACGCCCGUGAUAAGGUGUACCACGUCCUUGAGAGUGCACAGGAAAUGGUAAUGCAGACGGAGGCCGAGAAGGACACCACCAAGCAACAUAUUGCUAAGGAUGUCUAUGAAUACUGCACUAAAGGCAUCGGAACGUCCCUACAAUUCAUUCGUAGUUACAACACCCGCCUCACCUAUCUUGACAAGCUCAAGAACCACAGUGAUGAUCUCAUCAAGCAGCUAAAGUGGCUCAAUCCAGCCACCCAAGAGAAGGAAGCUCAACGCCUUGCUCUUGAGGCCGGCAUGUAUAAGAAAGCGGCACUUGAGUCUGCCAAAAAGUUUCAGCAUUUUGUCCCGAAUCAAUUCUCAAGAUGGCUCAAGGAAAACAAAAUCAAGUUUGAGGAUCUUGUGCAAAAAAAUGUGGCAAAGCUUGGUUUUAAGGGGCCUUUUAAAAACUUGGAUGAUAUCCAAAAGCUACAGGUAUAUGAAAAUAUUAUUGAGGAAGCAGGAUAUGGAAAAUCCGUGGUGACUUACUCAUUUGAAGCUUUAGGAAAAGUUGGGGUUGCAGUUUUGGUUUUUACAGCAGCUGCAAUGGUGUGGGACAUAUACACAGCAGAGGAUAAGAUGCAGGCAGUAGUUCGCGAUUCAGUGAAUGCGUUAGCUGCAGUAGUUAGCCUUGAGGUCGGAGAGGUAGUUAGUGUUGCUGUAGAAGCUGGAUUCGCGGCGCUUGACAUUGAAAUCGCUUCUGCAGCUGUUACGGUAAUUGGAGCAGUCGCUGGGUUCGGAGUUGGUGUGCUCAUUGGGAUAGCUACAAGUGCACUGCUUGACUUGAUUUUCAGCUCUGGAACUAGCAAGGUGAAGAUCACAGACGGGCUUACCGCUUGUCGUGUGGUUCCUAUGCCCGAUGGUCUCCAACUCGCACGUCUAGUUAAGCAUAAUUACCCCGACCUCUAAACUGAUUAUGCUACUUUGUACUACCAUUGCUAUCUUAUUUUAUUGUUGUUGUUGCUACUACUGCUACUGAACUUAUGAUUAAUACCUACUACUAUACUAUAUUGUUAUAUUGAAAGGUUAUACUUACCUCUUGUGUGUAAGUACGUAAGUGCCUAUUGCGCACUCCGAAAUAAUAACCUCGUGUUGUUGUAUUCUAUGAUGCCAUUAUUUUAUAUACUUCAUGAAUAUAUUUAAGAUUGUUUGUGUGUAUGCAUCAGAUAAUAUAAGUCAAUAUUGUAUCUUGACAAAUAAGUGCCUAUUGUGCACUUCCACUAGUACAAGGGCACUAUAGUUCCACUUGGGAAAGAGAUUUAGUCUUGGUUUUUCAACUUGGACCAGGAAUCGUGACUAAAGGGUCUGUGCAAGGCUACUCGAACUCAAGACCUCAUGUACGUAUUGCCUCACGUGUAGCUAACCACCCU